AUGAUUUGGUCUCAGUUCCCUCCCGAAAUCAAGUGCUUGAUUCUCGAGGCCCUGACAGAUGACAAGAACUGCAGAUUAUCCAAUGCUGUUGUCGUGUCACGGGAGUGGCAGGCUGCUAUCGAGCCACACAUCUUUGCAUAUAUACGAGUCACGCCCCAACGCAUCGCUCAACUCAACGCCAUGACGCAACGCAACCGGCAUCAUGUGCGUUAUAUAUGGUUUUGUAUAGAGCUUGAGCUAUACAAUUGCCGCGAGUGCGAUUCUUUUGAAUCUAAAGCAUCGCGGACAAGCAACAGCGAGAACAAGCUCAUCUUGAAAUCGUUCCAGUCGCUAUUCACAGCUUUGAACACGUGGGAGCCAAAUGGGAGCCUGACGCUCGACAUUAGCCUGUACUCGAAGAGCGAUAAUGAGCACGCAUUCAAGUACCUAACCUUUAUGCCCGACGCUACGGGAUACCAGGUCGAGCCCAUGUCCAUCGCCGGAAGCGAGGAGCCCGACAAGCACCGAUGGGAAACGACUGCAUCGGGGUCUAUCCCACCACGAAGAAGUCUUGAGCGUCUCUUUGGAUAUGUCUGGCUCCCCGUCAAGAAUGAACGAGAGUGUUGGGCGCGGACACCAAAGGUGCCGGCCGUGACACGCCUUGAAAUGAGGCUGCAGACUCAUCGCCGAUGGGAGGCGUUUACAGUCUCCCAGAUUCUUUCCCACCUUCCUGGCUUACGUGAGUUCCACUAUGAGAUAUGGGUGCAGUGGUUUACUGAGAUGCACGGGAGUUGGUAUGAUUCGUUUCUUGAACUUCUUUCAGCUACCGAAGGGCUGGGCAAGUUGACAAUCUUUGAAAACUCCAACCAACAAUACCCGCUCUAUAAUCUAGAAGAAACCAUGCCGGCCCAUGCUCCCACUAUUCGUCUCAGUCAGAAGCUUGCCCGAGUAAAUCUCGGCGUAGAAGCCCUCUCAGUGUCAUUCAUGGUAGAUGCUGCAGAGUUUUUUUCUGAAUCUUCAACAUGGCCAAACCUAACCCAUCUUACCCUUACUGCACAGCUUCUAGCACCCACAACAUUUUCUACAAAAAUUAUGGAUCUCCUUCAAGCAGCAGCAUCUGCAGCUUCUUACAUGCCCAAACUCGAGAUGAUGGAGAUAUGGUAUGGACAAGAGGGGCUGGCAGCUUUGUUCAAGUAUGAGUUUAUCCCUGGCCAUUUGCGGCAAUCUGUUGUUACUUGGCGAGCAACAUGGUGUAUGAGUAUACAGCCUCGAGUGAUUGAGGCGUGGGAGGGGGUUGUACGCAGCCGUGGUGGACAUCCUGGUGGCAUUGAUGUGGUAUAUGAGGCGGUUAACGAGCACAUCACGUCACUUGUUGAUGCGAUUGUCAGCCUGAAUCUAUCAGAGACAGUGCUCCGGCCCAUCUCUUUGCAGCAGAUUAAGAGAGAGCAGAGCUUUGUUGCUUCCUUGAUAGUUUAG